AUGUCUCACCAAGAACCAUCCACCAGCGCUGACAUCCCAGCACAUGCACCUCCAAAGCCUCCACGGACCCCAGUUUGGAGUCCAGGCGCACGCCCAGCCUCAAGGAUGGGUGUGCCUCAUUUGAGUCUGGACACCGCCCUAGCUGCAAACCAAGGUGUCAAUCACCUAUCCGACAAGCCAAUUCCAUCCGUCGAGCGCGAUAAGCUCGACCCGAUGGCGGUUCAAAAUGCUGGUGGUGUUGAGUAUCAAAGCAUGAAGUGGUGGCAAGCCGGCAUGGUGAUGGUGGCCGAAACCAUCUCCCUGGGAAUCUUGUCAUUGCCACAGGCAAUGUCAACGGUUGGGGUCAUCCCAGGUCUCAUUCUACUUCUUGGUCUUGGUGCUUUUGCAUCAUACUCUGGUAUUGUCAUCGGUCAAUUCAAACUUCGAUACCCUCACAUCCACUCAAUGGAGUGUGCUGGUAAGGUUCUCUUCGGUAAAUGGGGUGCCAGAGUCAUCGGUACUGGCCAGUACUUGUUCUACAUCUUCGUGAUGGGCAGUCAUAUCCUCACCUUCGCCAUCUGCAUGAACAAGCUCACAGGAAAAUUCGUCUGCACAAUUGUCUGGAUGGUGAUUGGCAUGAUGCUCAGCUUGCUAUGCACUCUUCCUCGCACUCUGAAGAAUCUGUCGUUCUACUCGGUUGCCUCAUUCAUCAGCAUCAUUGGUGCCGUGAUGAUCACGAUGAUCUCAGUCGGCAUCUCCAAGCCAGCGUUGCAAGAAGCAGCAGCGGCAGGCCAGGAAGUCGUCUUCCGUCUCUGGCCGAAAGACGACUUGGCUUUCGUGCCCGGAUUCCUCGCUGUAUCAAACAUGGUCUUCGCUUACGCCGGACAUCCGGCUUUCUUCACCUUUAUCUCGGAGCUCAAGGAUCCCAACGACUUUCCCAAGGCCCUGGCAUUUCUCCAGGUCAGCGACAUCUCCAUGUAUCUCAUUGCCACGGUCGUCAUCUACUACUUCGCGGGCGACUCAGUAGCCAGUCCAGCCCUCAACAGCGCCGGUGAAACCGUCUCCAAGGUAGCAUGGGGGGUCGCCAUACCCACCAUCAUCAUUGCCGGCGUUGUCAACGGUCAUGUCUGCGUCAAAUACAUCUACGUGCGUCUUCUCCGCAAUCGCAAGGAUGACCUUUUGCACCAACGCACAUGGAAAUCACGCUGGUAUUGGAUUGGACUGGGUUGCAUGUCUUGGUUCCUGGCUUGGUUGAUUGCCGAAGUCGUUCCCGUCUUCAACGACAUGCUAGCCAUCACAUCAGCUCUCUUCGCCAGCUGGUUUACCUUCGGUCUCAGUGGCAUGUUUUGGUUUCACAUGAACAAACCUCUCUUCGGCAGGUCUCGUGCCAACAACUGGUGGCAUCCUCUCAUCCCUCGUCUUCGCACUAGGCCUGUCGUUGACCCUGAGAACGUGUCAAACGAUGAGGUCGCGUCGCCCACCUGGACCAAGACAAAGCUGGUCCUCAUAUUCAUCAACGUGCUCCUGAUCGCUAUGGGUGCGAUCCUCUGUGUCGCUGGCCUGUACGCCAGCAUCAAGAGCAUGGUCAGCCAUGGUGCCGAUCGCAAACCUUUCACCUGCGCGCCUCUCUAA